AGACACGGCCCGAGCACUGAGAGAUAUCAGGUAUUGAUGUAACUGGAGUGAAUAAGGGAACCUUCUUCCUGAGCACAGACAUUGGAGCCUGUUAUCAGCAUGAACUCAUAUGUGUUAGACAAACACGUCAAUAGUUCAUAUCUAUCCUUCACCACAGUCUUAGACACCAAUGACUACUCACAAACAUUGGGGAUAUCACAGCAGAUAUUUAAAGAAGAUGGUGAAUUGGCAGGAACUGGGCAGCAAUCACUAUGUACAGAGAGUAAUUUAGUCAUCAAACAAGAGGACAACAUUUAUGCCUUAUCUAGUGAAUUUAUUAUCCCUGAGGAUAAACCACACACAUUUACUGAGUUUUCAAAACAUAUUAGAGAAGGGACAAGUCUACAGUAUAGCCAAAUGAUUCAUACACAGGAGAAACCUUUUCAAUGUACAGAGUGUGAGAAAAGCUUUAGAUGGAAUUAUCAUCUACGAGAACACAACAAAAUUCACACAGGUGAGAAACCAUACACAUGUACUGAGUGUGGCAAAUGUUUUACACAAAUGAAUCAUCUGAAAACUCAUGAAAGGAGUCACACAGGAGAAAAACCUUUCACAUGUACUGAGUGUGGAAAACGUUUUAUAUACAUGAGUCAUCUGAAAACUCAUGAAAGGAUUCACACAGGAGAAAAGUCUUUCACAUGUACUGAGUGUGGAAAACGUUUUAUAUACAUGAGUCAUCUGAAAACUCAUAAAAGGAGUCACACAGGAGAAAAGCCUUUCACGUGUACUGAGUGUGGAAAAAGUUUUAUAUACAUGAGUCAUCUGAAAACUCAUGAAAGGAUUCACACAGGAGAAAAGCUUUUCACAUGUACUGAGUGUGGAAAAAGUUUUACACAAAAGAAUAAUCUGAAAUAUCAUAAAAUGAUUCACACAGGAGAAAAGCCUUUCACAUGUACAGAUUGUGGAACCAGUUUUACACAUAAGAGUGAUCUGAAAAAGCAUGAAAGGAUUCACACAAGAGAAAAGCUUUUUUCAUGUACUGAGUGUGGAAAAAGUUUUACACAAAUAAGUAGUCUGAAAAAUCAUGAAAGGAUUCACACAGAAGAAAAGCCUUUCACAUGUACAGAGUGUGGAAAAAGUUUUACAGAAAAGAGUCAUCUGAAAACUCACGAAAGGAUUCACACAGGGGAAAAGCCUUUCACGUGUACAGAGUGUGGAAAAAGUUUUAUACAAAUGAGUAAUCUGAAAAAGCAUGAAAUGAUUCACAAGGGAAGAAACCUUUCACAUGUUCAAUCAGCUGAUAUUCAAAAUCAUGCUGAUAAUCUUCAAUACCUUAAUGACAAGCUUGAGGACCUUGAUAAUAGGGGACGCAGGAAUAAUCUGCGUUUUCGCGGUGUGUCAGAAACUGUUACACCACAGAAUAUUGAGGGAUAUUUACAAGCUCUGUUCAGGAUAAUUAAAGACUCCCCAACAGCUCCUGAAAUUCCUAUUGAAAGGGCCCAUAGGGCUCUUAGGCCUAAACCACCAAGCAAAGCUCCUCCUAGAGACAUUAUUGUCAGGUUCCUUAGCUUCAAAGAUAAGGAGGAGAUUCUACAAGGUGCAAGAAGAAAACAUCCCAUCAUGCAUGCAGGAGAAGAAGUACAAGUAUUUACGGACUUAUCCCCACUGACCCUGCAAAAACGCUCCUAUGACAGAAGAAGCUCAGCUGAGAAGAGCAGAAUCCCCUGCUCGCCCACUGAGAAACCGACCCAUGGAGUAAACCCUUGGGACAAACACGUUAAUAGUUCAUAUCUGUCCUUCACUACAGUCUUAGACACCAAUGACUGUUCACAAACAUUGGGGAUAUCACAGCAAAUAUUUAAAGGAGAUGGUGAAUUGGCAGGAACUGGACAGCAAUCACUAUGUACAGAGAGUAAUUUAGUCAUCAAACAAGAGGACGACAUUUAUGCCUUAUCUAGUGAAAUUAUUAUCCCUGAGGAUAAACCACACACAUUUGCUGAGUUUUCAAAACAUAUUAAAGAAGGGAAAAGUCUACAGUCUAGCCAAAUUAUUCAUACAAAGGAGAAACAUUUUCAAUGUACAGAGUGUGAGAAAAGCUUUAGAUGGAAGUCUCCUUUACUUGAACACCACAAAAUUCACACAGGGGAGAAACCACACACAUGUACUGAGUGCGGCAAAUGUUUUACACAAAUGGAUAAUCUGAAAACUCAUAAAAAGAUUCACACAGGGGAAAAGCCUUUCACAUGUACAGAGUGUGGAAAAGGUUUUACACAAAAGAGUGAUCUGAAAAAGCAUGAAAGGAGUCACACAGGAGAAAAGCCUUUCACAUGUACAGAGUGUGGAAAAAGUUUUACAGAUAAGAGUGAUCUGAAAAAGCAUGAAAGGAUUCACACAAGAGAAAAGCUUUUUAAAUGUACAGAGUGUGGAAAACGUUUUACACAAAUAAGUACUCUGAAAACUCAUGAAAGGAUUCACACAGGGGAAAAGCCUUUCACAUGCACAGAGUGUGGGAAAAGUUUUACACAAAAGAGUCAUCUGAAAACUCAUGAAAGGAUUCACACAGGAGAAAAGCUUUUCACAUGUACAGAGUGUGGGAAAAGUUUUAUGCACAUGAGUCAUCUGAAAUAUCAUGAAAGGAGUCACACAGGAGAAAAGCCGUUCACAUGUAGAGAGUGUGGAAAAAGUUUUACACAAAAGAGUCAUCUGAAAUAUCAUAAAAUGAUUCACACAGGAGAAAAGCCUUUCACAUGUACAGAGUGUGGAAAAAGUUUUACACAAAAGAGUAGUCUGAAAAUGCAUGAAAUAAUUCACACAGGAGAAAAGUCUUUCACAUGUACAGAGUGUGGAAAAAGUUUUACACAAAUGAGUAAUCUGAAAUAUCAUGAAAUGAUUCACACAGAAGAAAAGCCGUUCACAUGUACAGAGUGUGGGAAAAGUUUUACACAAAAGAGUGAUCUGAAAAAGCAUGAAAGGAUUCACACAGGAGAAAAGCCUUUCACAUGUACAGAGUGUGGAAAAAGUUUUAUGCACAUGAGUCAUCUGAAAACUCAUGAAAGGAUUCACACAGGAGAAAAGCCUUUCACAUGCACAGAGUGUGGAAAAAGUUUUACACAAAAGAGUGAUCUGAAAAAGCAUGAAAGGAGUCACACAGGAGAAAAGCCUUUCACUUGUACAGAGUGUGGGAAAAGUUUUACACGAAUGGGUAAUCUGAAAACUCAUGAAAGGAUUCACACAGGAGAAAAGCUUUUCACAUGUACAGAGUGUGGAACAAGUUUUACAAAAAUAAUUAAUCUGAAAACUCAUGAAAGGAUUCACAAGGGAAGAAACCUGUCAUGUUUAGAAAGUGGAAAAAAGUUUUUUUUAUUGAAAUCAGGUAUCACAAGCAUCUUAAAAUACACUUGGUCACUGUUUGGGAAUAUGCCAGGGCGCAAACCUAAUAAAGCUGAGAGCACUCCACGAUCUAGAAUGUUACAACAAUACCUCAAACCCAUAGAACCACCCCUGGAGGUCAUACUAACAGCACCAGAUGCAGACAAGCAGCAAGAUGAUCAUACAGAAAACAUAACACAAAAUACUAGCACUACAGGCCUCACAAAAGAAGACCUCCUGCCACAUUGUCUAGCCUUAGUAGAAGACUCCACUAUAUUACCAACCACAUGGUCGGAUCAUGCGCCUGUGCGCUGCACGAUCAACUGGCCAAACGUGCCUAUCAGACCGUUUUUCUGGAGGUUGGAUGAUCACAUGUUGGAUAACCCACUGAUAGCUACCGAAAUAGACACAGCAAUAGGACAUUACUUUAGAGAAAAUGCAAACGGGGAUACAACUCCUUUGACACUCUGGGAGGCACACAAAUGUGUAGUACAGGGUGAACUGAUAAGACACAAAGCCAGAGAAACCAAAAACAACAGGCAAUAUGUAAAUUCCAUCACAUCACAAAUUAGAUAUUGGGAAUCGGAACUCAAGAAGCAACCUGACUCGGUUACUAUAUUAGGCAAAUUGACAACGGCCAAAACAGAUCUUAACAACCACAUGAUAAAAGGGUACCAAAGGCGAACGGAUAAGUUGCAACGAAAGUACUUCGAUGUUAAUAAUAAAACAGGCACAUACUUGGCGAGAGCCCUCAAGAGGAAACAGCUAGACACUCACGUCCACACAUUGACAGAUACCACAGGGAAUGCACAUGAAGAUAGCAUACAAAUAGCUGAUACUUUUAGAAGGUACUAUGAAUCGCUGUAUAACAUUCAGACGGAUAGCAAGCUAGAAGACAUAGAAUUUUUUUUAGCAGGCACACAAGUCAAUGAACUAAGCCAGGAAGAUUCGGAAAAACUAGACGCACAAAUUACUCCAGAAGAGAUCAAAGCAGCCAUCACAAAAAUGCUGAAUGGUAAAAAUCCAGGGCCGGAUGGAAUCAGUAUAAAAUACUACAAAGCUUAUAUACACCACAUGCUGACUCCACUGAUGGCACUGUUUAACUCACUGCUUAGAGAAGGGGGGUUUACAGAUAAUAUGCUAGAAGCCCAUAUUACGGUCUUUCCCAAACCGGGGAAACCUUUAGACAGGUCCAUGAGAGGCUGGAGGUCUCUCAAACCGGGUGUGCUGCCCUGCUGCCGGGCAGAUGGUAUUUCAGGGACUUUGGAGACUGUGGCUCGGGUUUUAAUUUUUUCUAUUAUCGGCUUAGACCCUCUUGGACAGCCCAAAAGGAAAUUUAAGGAAUCAGUGAAUAGGGUUGCUGAUUCAGUUGUGUCUGUUCCGAAGGUUCCCUCUCAGAAGUCUGAGGAGGAUGAUUCUUCGGUUGCAUCUGAGGCUGAAAUUUCAGAUUCAGAUAGUGUUACUCUUUCUUCUGAUGCUGAGUUUAUGCCUUAUCUAGUGAAAUUAUUAUCCCUGAGGAUAAACCACACACAGGUUUCAAAACUUAUUAAAGACGGGAAAAGUCUACAGUCUAGCCAAAUUAUUCAUUCAAAGGAGAAACCUUUCAAAUGUACAGAAUGUGAGAAAAGCUUUAGAUGGAAGUCUCCUCUAUUAGAACACUACAAACUUCACGCAGGUGAGAAACCACACACAUGUACUGAGUGUGUCAAAUGUUUUACAAGAAUGAAUCAUCUGAAAACUGAUAAAAAGAUUCACACAGGAGAAAAGCCUUUCAUAUGUACAGAGUGUGGAAAAAGUUUUACACAAAAGAGUGAUCUGAAAAAGCAUGAAAGGAGUCACACAGGAGAAAAGCCUUUCACAUGUACAGAGUGUGGGAAAAGUUUUAUACAAAAGAGUCAUCUGAAAUCUCAUGAAAGGAUUCACACAGGGGAAAAGCCUUUCACAUGUACAGAGUGUGGAAAAUGUUUUAUGCACAUGGGUGAUCUGAAAUCUCAUGAAAGGAUUCACACAGGAGAAAAGCCUUUCAAAUGUACAGAGUGUGGGAAACGUUUUACACAAAUGAGUCAUCUGAAAUAUCAUGAAGGGAUUCACACAGGAGAAAAGCCUUUCAAAUGUACAGAGUGUGGAAAAUGUUUUAUGCACAUUAGUGAUCUGAAAUCUCAUGAAAGGAUUCACACAGGAGAAAAGCCUUUCACAUGUACAGAGUGUGGGAAAAGUUUUACACAAAUAAAUAGUCUGAAAACUCAUGAAAGGAUUCACACAGGAGAAAAGCCUUUCACAUGUACAGAGUGUGGGAAAAGUUUUACACAAAAGAGUGAUCUGAAAAAGCAUGAAAUGAGUCACACAGGAGAAAAGCCUUUCACAUGUACAGAGUGUGGAAAAAGUUUUAUACAAAAGAGUGAUCUGAAAAAGCAUGAAAGGAUUCACACAGGAGAAAAGACUCUCACAUGUACAGAGUGUGGGAAAAGUUUUAUGCACAUGAGUCAUCUGAUAUAUCAUGAAAGGAGUCACACAGGAGAAAAGCCUUUCACAUGUACAGAGUGUGGGAAAAGUUUUACACAAAAAAGUGAUCUGAAAAAGCAUGAAAUGAUUCACACAGGGGAAAAGCCUUUCACAUGUACAGAGUGUGGGAAAAGUUUUACACAAAUGGGUAAUCUGAAAAAGCAUGAAAGGAUUCACAAGGGAAGAAACCUUUCACAUGUUUAGAAAGUGGAAAAAUGUUUAUUAUUGAAAUCAGGUAUCACAAAACACCAAAUAUUUACACACAAAUAAAAUUUAUAUACAUAGUGUGCAAACCUUUUUACAAUUAUCGUAAAGAAGACAAACUCUCUAAAUAGAAGCAUCAAAAAGGAUGAUAUUGUAAAUAAUACUUUCUAAAUCCCAGUUAUAAAAGCCCCAGAUUGAAAGUGCUCUCCUGCUGCCCUUUGUUCCUCUAUAUAUGUGCACCUAAGUUUCUCUUAUAUCAAUGCAAUAGAAUCCAAAUACCACACAGGAAUAUACAGAUCUGUCCUCAUACUGACCAGUUUACACAACCAUUCACCACCAAAGCACCCCCAGUGUUGUUUAUUAAUAUGCCAGUGUUAGGAGUUGUACGUUUGAUUUACAUAGGAGAUGAAAUAAUUAUAUUUACAGAAUAAAGGAGUCUUUAUAUGAAUAGAGUGUUAGAGAAUUAUAUAAACAAGAACAUCAGUCUCAAAUGAUUGACAUCUGGGAGAUAUAUUUAAUGUGCACAUCAUGUGGAUAAACCUUUUCUUAUAGCAAUAGAUGCUUAGCAUUGUACAUGUUAUAUACCAGAGGAAUUACUGAGGGGAAACUGAUUUUAUUUCAUGAGACACAAUAUCAGUAACUGGUACAUACGUGAUCAUAAUCAGUUUAAUUUAAAUGGCUACUAUAACCUACAUGUAUACUGGGUAUGUAAUAUGUGUGUCAUGUGAUCAUAAUCAGUUUAAUUUAAAUGGCUACUAUAACCUACAUGUAUACUGGGUAUGUAAUAUGUGUGUCAUGUGAUCAUAAUCAGUUUAAUUUAAAUGGCUACUAUAACCUACAUGUAUACUGGGUAUGUAAUAUGUGUGUCAUGUGAUCACAAUCAGUUUAAUUUAAAUGGCUACCAUAACCUACAUGUAUACUGGGUAUGUAAUAUGUGUGUCAUGUUCUGUAACUUGAUAUUAUGUCAGAUGUUUUCAUGUUAGUUAGAAGCCACAAGAACUGAUAAUAGCACAUACUGUAUAUAUAAAGGGAACAUUAUAUGUCUGAUAAAUCCCUUUGGCCUAGAUUUAGAGUUCGGCGGUAAAAGGGCUGUUAACGCUCCGCGGGUUUUUUUCUGGCCGCACCAUAAAUUUAACUCUGGUAUCGAGAGUUCUAACAAAUGCUGCGUUAGGCUCCAAAAAAGGAGCGUAGAGCAUUUUUACCGCAAAUGCAACUCUCGAUACCAGAGCUGCUUACGGACGCGGCCGGCAUCAAAAACGUGCUCGUGCACGAUUCUCCCAUAGGAAACAAUGGGGCUGUUUGAGCUGAAAAAAAACCUAACACCUGCAAAAAAGCAGCGUUCAGCUCCUAACGCAGCCCCAUUGUUUCCUAUGGGGAAACACUUCCUACGUCUGCACCUAACACCCUAACAUGUACCCCGAGUCUAAACACCCCUAACCUUACACUUAUUAACCCCUAAUCUGCCGCCCACGCUAUCGCUGACCCCUGCAUUACACUUUUAACCCCUAAUCUGCCGCUCCGUAAAACGCCGCCACCUACGUUAUCC